GUUGUUGUUUUAGGUCUCUCUUGUCGUGAUGUGUGUUUUGUCCUAUAUUUAYAUGUUAUUUAUUUAAAAAAUAAUAAUSCCAGCCUUCGUCCCCGCAGGACGUAUUUUGCCUUUUGGUAGGCYGUCAUUGUAAACAAGAAUUAGUCCUUAACUGACUUGCCUAGUUAAAUAAAGGUUAAAUAAAAAUAAAUAUGGCAACAGACUGUGCAAUCAUGGAAAAUAUGUAUGUUGUUCUUGUAGAAAUCCAAACAAAUCACCCCUCCCCCCACACGAACAUUUACUCAGCAAUAUCAUGAAAGUAUCUCUAAAAACGCAAUAAAGUAUGUCCAGGAUGAUGAAAAUGAAUCCAUUGCAAACAUCGAUUAGUUCAUGUGCCACCUGUUGGUCAAACAGAGAAAUGGCAUAAGAAUCAUAAUGUGGAAUCAUAAUGAAUUAUAAUGCCAUUGUCCUACAUACAUGGUCUGAUUGCAUUGACACACUGAUGCAGGUUUUGGUGUAAUUCCUCUAGUUCACAAAAAAUAGGAUAUAGAUUAUUAUUAUUGAAACAUAUUAUAAUAAGUUUGACCAGACAUAUAGGCCUACGACUUCUACCACCAUCGUUCAAUAGCUUAAUGUAUUUUCAAAUAGGCCUGAUCUCCCAGACUAUAAAACACGAAGUUCAAAUCCUGUAACAAUGUAGCCUACAAGUAUGGAUGUUACAUAGAAUAUCCACCCCAAUAUUAUUUUAGUUGAGGGCGCUUUCUUUGUAUGUAGAGACCAUUCCAGUUUUUCUCCAUACUAAGAGGGAGAGCGGCGUGUUGUCUGACCGAGUUCCAUUGAGAGCGAGGAUCACAUCACAGGGGGCGAAUGAAGAGGGGCGUAAAUAAAAACAAACAUAAUUCAACCACAAUAUCCCGGUCUUUAGGUUUGAGUUCAUGGGUUUGUGACGAUUAAACUAAGAGUUGGUUAUUUUGCUGAUAUUUUCCUGUUGGGAAACUGUCGGCGAAGGAUUUAAUCUCAGAUUACGGCUGGUCUGAAACAAAGGGGUCGGGGACUCCGGAGUGUUGCAGUGUUCAGUGGUAAAAGCAGGUUGAAAGGGUGGACCGUGGGCACGACUCACUACUGGCAAGAUGGAACGGGAGGGGCAGUGGUGGAAGAGCCAGCUCGCUGCAGACAUCCACCAGUCUUUACGAAUAAAGGAGCUGAAGUUGCCCACCUACAAGUCCCACUCUCCUCAGAUCGGGAUGCGGCGUUACUUUGCUGACCUGCUGGCUGUCCUCAGUAACCGCUACCAAUUGUGCCCAGCGGCUCGCCACCUGGCCGUCUACCUCCUGGAUUUGUUCAUGGACCACUACGACGUGGCAGUCCGCCAGCUCUACGUCAUUGCCCUCUCCUGCCUCCUCCUAGCCAGUAAGUUUGAAGAGAAGGAGGACCGUGUACCAAAGCUGGAGCAGCUAAACUCUYUGGGCUUCAUGUGCAGCCUGAACCUGUCACUGAGCAGGAAGGACCUGGUAAAGAUGGAGCUGCUCCUCUUAGAGACGUUUGGCUGGAACCUGUGUAUGCCCACUCCAGCACACUUCAUAGACUACUACCUCCAUGCUGCUGUACAGGAGGGAGAACUGCACAACGGCUGGCCCCUCUCCUCCCUCAAUAAGACCAAAGCCUUCAUGGACAAGUACACACACUACUUCCUGGAAGUCUCACUGCAAGAUCAUGCCUUCCUGGGCUUCCGACCAUCCCAGGUGGCAGCAGCCUGCAUUGCGGCGUCCCGCAUCUGUCUCCAGAUCACCCCAAGCUGGACCACCGUUCUMCACCUGCUCACCGGAUACUCCUGGGAACCCCUCACCCCGUGCAUCGAGCUCAUGCUGCUUGCCCAUGACAACGAUGUGAAACAAGCCAAUAAAUCCAAGUCCAACCCUCCGUCUGUCCAGAGUCCUCUCCAACCCCAGGCCCUUCCCUCAACCUCCACAGUCUCUGUCUCCACCAUGAAACAACCCUUGUCUACCUCUCAGCAGCUGCUCUUCCAGACAGGUGGAUACCAGCAGCAGCUCACCCAGCACUCUACUCCCCUUUCCCAGCUGCACAUGCUAGGUGAGUCCCAGACUCUGGGCCCUGUCGGGUCUCGCGACUACCUCCAGGCCCACCAGAGAGGGCUCCUCUCAGGGUCGGUUUCUCAGGGAGUCUUCCCCUCCUACCCCAGCCUAGCCUCAGGGCUGCGCUCCUCCCUGCCCCUGCAGGGACCCAUCUCCAUGCAAGUGGCUCUUGCUGCAGAGCCCCGUCACUGCCUCCCCCUGUCGUACGGGGGAGGCUACCUGGGCUCCCAUCACACCUACACAGCAGGCUGCUUCGACAGUUGAUGCCAGGAGAGGGAGGACAAACAGAACCUGGGGCAGUCAGUGUCCUCCUCCAUCCGUUCUGACCUCAUCCACUGGGGACAAAGGAAACCAAAACAAAGAAGCAAUGUCAAUGCAGAUGUUGCUGAGGUCAUAGUGUUGCCCUAACAAAAGCCCUACCUAUUUGAAAUGAGACACUAUUUGUGAUGAGCUGAUUACAUACUGUUCCCUUCACGUGACUGCUUGCUCUAUACUGAGACUGUGAGGCUGGUUUAGCCACUGUGAUUCUGCUAUCAACUGUGGUUGUGUGGUGCCCCUGCUUCCAAAUCAGUUCUCUCAAUGUGGGACUGCUGUUUUUUUUUAUACUAUUAUCUUUCAAUGCUGCUGCUUUAAACAAAAUUACGACUUUAUGAUCAGUGGAAAGUGGUCUGUCCUUGGUAUUAUUUACAUGAACGAUACCAUUUCAGGGUUUGAAGUAUUACUUGAAAGAAUAUGUAUUUAAACAGCUGUGUAAAUUAAUUCCUUUUUUGA